GACCGUGUGUCGAUAUGGUUACUACAAACAAAAAGUUGAGUUGCUAGAAAUUGAGCAAAAGAGAAAGGAGACACAGUCUGUGAAAAAACUGGACAUAGAACAAAGGAAGAAAGAACUUGGCAUCAAAGAUGAUUCAUCGUAGCAUUGUUUCAUUCAUAAUUUUGCCGCUGUUAAAAAUUGCGGCCUUAACAUGAUUACAUCAAUUCCCAUCCUUAGUUCAAUUAGUUAAAGCUUUUUGGAGAAUUGUAUUCCGAAGCUGUAAAAUUUUUUCCGGUGAGAUUUUUCAAGAAAUGUUACAUUUUUUGGUGGGAGACACAAGCUCAAGGGUUCAUUCCUGUCAUACAGAUUCCCAGUUUACAGCACAUUAAUUAAUCUAUAGAAAACUUUUAAGAGAGACCUAAGAAUUUGUACCUUUUUUAUGUAAGACUUACGAACCCUCUUCCUACCCUCUCCAUUCAUCACUGUAAGUUCACUUGAGGAACUGAAUUAUUGAAAAGGACAACCAAAGUCCGCCAAAAUGAAUCAGUAAAUGGAAGAAAAAUCAUUGUAAAUGAAACUUAUUCUACACUUGAAUCCAAUUUAUUUUUAUUUUACUGGCUUUUUAAAAGGCUCUAUCGUUUCUGUUACCUAACUGUGUUAAGGUACUAAUUUGUAAUGACAAAUAAAAACCCUGGAAGAACCCGAAAAUUAGCGCAAAAGAGAUCAUUGAUAGAGACAGUCACGAUGCUAAUGUGCAGUACCAAUAUAUUGGUUGCCAUCAUAUGUCAUUUCUUCAAAUUUUACUUUAUUUUAUCUUCAUAAUUUUAUCUCACAUGUUGUUGGCAUCCAAUCAAUUUUAUUUGCCUCAAAAUCUAUGGAAUCAAAUUUGAUUGAUAUAAAGCCUUGAGUGUUGUUGUUGAAGUAUGUCUUAAUGUAACUUUUUUUGAAGUAGAAGGCCAUUAUUUUCCUUCCCAUAAUGAUUACAACAGAAUAGCCCCCCUGGGCUUGUGGGAAACAAAGUAAAAACAUAUGUUAAGGAGGGCCACAAAUUUAGUCUCUUUUACUCUGCAUUAAACGAUUUAGGAGAUAUUCCAUCCUCCCAGUAUGAAGAGACAUUAAUUUUCAUCAUAAUGAAAAAUCAACCAGGACAAAACUUUUGAAAAUUCAAAUUAAGCUUACAGAGCCACAGAUCCCAUGGACGUAGGGGGUGCCUAGGCACAUCUAGAUAUAUAGGAGUGCUUGAAAAUUUGAUGCUUUUUACUCUAAAACAAACGAUUUAGGAGAUAUUCGCAUUUUUCUUGUACAAAAAAGCACCCAUCUUCAUUAUGAUGCAAAAUCGACCUGCAGAAAAAUUCUGAAAUUUAAGUUGAGCUUAUGGGGCCCUAGACCCCGUGGGCCUAGAGGGUGCUUAGGUAAAUUUUGAUAUGACGUAGGGCUAGAAAAUUUGGUCUCUUUUGCUCUACAAUGAAGAGCUCCGGAGAUGUCAGGCUUUACUAUUGUGAACAUGGAUUAAUUUUUACCCCUGGCUAAAGAAAUGCUGUUGUCUUUCACCACUCAAAAUUUGAAAUUUCAAAAAGAACCUGUAGUGAAACAGUGAGUAAA